CACUAUGCCGGAUGAGGACGACGAAAACAGGAGCAGCGGUAGCCUAGCGAAGCUGGUUCGAUCUUCGGCAGGUGGCUAUUUCACCAAAGCUCACGCCGCACAUAUCCACCACACAUACUACCCCUAUACAUCUUAUAUAUCGUACCCUUAUUCAUAUACCUAUUCUUAUACCUACCCGUAUUUUCCCUAUCCUUCUUCUUCUUCUUCUUCUUCUUCUUCUUCUUCUUCUGCUAAUUCUUCGUCUUCCUUCACUGCUUACCAAAACAAUCUGAUCCCUUUGGCGGCGACCUAUCACCAUCACCACCACCACCACCAACCUAUCCACCUGGAAUUACCCCCGAACAAUCACAGCAUCAUCAACAUCAACAGCAUGAAGACCGCCGCUAUGCUUCAACUCGCCGCUUGUGAUUCCGACACUAAUGUUCACCUGAACCGUGACGACCCGACUUACGGUGCCAGUCCGUAUUCCGAAGACCCCGACCCGCGUUUGAGCCCCACGGUGGGGAAGAAGGCGAUGGAGGUUGCGAACGAUUCUGAUUUCUUCGACGGUUGUGAGAAGAUGAAUUGUGAGGAUGAAGAACAAGGGAAAGAAGAAGGGAAAGAAGAAGAAGGCGAAGAAGAAGGAAGAAGAAGAGAAGGAGAAGGUGUUGAAGAAGAAAAAGAAGAUUGUCAGGUGGACAGUGACUUCGAAGGAAAAAGUAGUAGCGGCACUCCAUGUGACUAUCACGUCGAUAAUAGUGACUACGAUAACGAAAGACAGGACGAAGAGGAGGUGACCAAGCGCAGUCUGUGUGGCCGUCAAGUGGAGGAGGAGGAGACUACGGAAAGUAAUGCUGCUGCACGUGAUAGUGGUGAGGUCAAGGCUCUGGACACCAGUGCCACAGACAACAACACCACCAACAACAACACUGAUAUGAACACCGAUACAACAACAACCACAAACACAGUAAAAUCGUUACAACACAACAACAGCGGCCACCAUGACCACCACCACCGACAACCCCAUCGUCUUGUGUUGUCUGUCAACAACAAAAACAAUAACAACGUUAUGCAUAAUUUUCGCCGCCAGCAUCGCCAUCGCUAUCAUCAUCAUCAUCAUCAUCAUCUUCACAAUCAUCAUCAUCAUCGUCGUUAUAGUUAUCUCACUUCCGGUCAUGUUCCGCCCCAUCCUCAUCCCCGUCAUCUCCUUCAUCACAUAAGUCCCAUCGUCCAACGACAGCAGCAACAACAACAACAACGGCAUCGUCAUCAUCAUUCUCUUUCCGCGCAUCCUCCGCAUCAUCGUAACCAUCAUCAGCAUCAUCAUCAGCAGCAGCAUCAUGCUCGUCGUCAUCGCCAGCAGAAUUACCGCCUCGGCGGCGGCGGCGGCGGCGGCAGCGGCCAAUCACAGCGACAUGACUACAACGACGACGGCGGCGACGCAGACGACACAGACUGCAGCAUCGGCGUCGGCGGCAGCGACGACUACAACAACAACAACAACAACAAAAACAACAGCAGCAGCAACAAUACCGACAGCAGUAGCAGCUGUAGUAGCAGCAGCAGCAGCAGCGGCGGCGGCGGCGGCAGAGACGUUGUCGGCAUCCGUAAGUUAGUUGUGGGAGACGCAGAUGAGAUGAGGUCCGUAAACGGAGGAGGCGGAGGUGCGGGCGGAGGAGAGGACGUGAUGGCUAAAGGCGACGGCAAUAGCCAUCGACUGCUAACGCCACCGCCAGUAGUUGACCGUCACAAACACCACCACCACCACCACCACCACCACCACAAUCACAGCAACACUGGCGCCAAUACAAACAUCAGUACGGCUACUACAAACGCUGAAAUCACGAAAAGGUUCACCAACUUUUUAAUUGCAGACAUUCUUAAACCGGAAUUUGGUCAAAAUUUUAAAGGAUUUGACAGGAAACACAGCAAGAACAACAAGAACAACAACGAAGGCGACAACAAUGGCAAUUACAAGAAUCAUUUCAGAAAAUCUGAGGACAAUUUCAUUGCUUCCAUCAAACAGGUGCAAGGUUCGAUCCACCGUAAAACCAAAGACAAUUGCUAUGCUUGCUAUAACGGGUUCGAAACCGCGUCUCAGUUAUCGGAAAAGUCUAAAAAAGAUGACUGCGAAAUCACACCUUCUCCAUCGUUACCACCACCACCGUCAUCAUCAUCAUCGUCAUCAUCGUCAUCAUCGUUAUUGUUAUCUUCGUCUUCGUUGUCAUCGUUGUCUUUAUUAUCGUCAUCGUUUCAUUCGUUUUCGUCGUCGCUGUCGUCAUCAUCGUCAUCAUCAUCGUCAUCAUCAUCGUCGUCGUCAUCAUCAUCAUCUUUGUCAUCAUCACCACCAACAUCAUCAUCAUUAUUUACAGAACCCUCUUCAACAGGACUCGGAACUUCUACAGAAUCUUUACAACUUCACAAAAACAGAGAAUUCACAAAAGCGCCAAUAAUUAAUAAUAUUAACAAAAUAAGCAAUAAUAAUAAAAAUAAUAAAAAUAAUAAUAAUGAUAAUAACAAUAAUGAAAAUAAUAAUGAUAAUAAUAAUAGUGAAAGUGAUCAUAAUUCAUUUAAAUACCCGGCCUGGGUGUUCUGUACCCGAUACUCGGAUCGCCCAUCCUCUGGUCCUCGCUCGCGGAAGAUGAAAAGGAAAGAGAAGAAAGCUGACGAAAAAAGACCCCGAACGGCUUUUACUCCGGAGCAACUUCAUCGAUUGAAACUGGAGUUUGAUGUUGGCAAGUAUCUGACAGAAGAAAGGCGCCAAGCGUUGGCCAAAGAACUCGCACUAAAUGAAUCGCAGAUCAAAAUCUGGUUUCAGAACAAACGAGCCAAGAUGAAGAAAGUUUCUGGACCUAAAAACCCUUUGGCUUUGCAACUGAUGGCUGAGGGCCUGUACAACCAUCAAACACACAAGGACUGAAUCGUGUGUGAAUUGCGUAUACAUAUAUAUAUACAAACGUACACAUAUGCAUACGUGCGUUCGUUUUACGUCGUUCCAUGCUAGCAUGGGUCUGGCUAAUAUGUUAUUGAAGUAAUAUUUAACAGCCGGUUGGUCUUCCUGACGCUAACCUUUACCUGUUUUUCAAGUGAGGGAUUUUUUAUUCGACACGGCUUCGAAGGUACGAAGCGAGCGGGCGAUUCGUUGACAGGAGAAAUACCUACCAGAACACCGUAUGAACGUCGUGACUUUCGAAUAAGCGAGUGGCAGAUGUAAACACAGUCAUACACACAUCUGUAUUUAACACACAAAUUCUCAGUAUAAUACAUUCUGCAGUCUCCCAAAGGAUUUCAACUCAGGCGGCACUAAACAGCAGUUUGAGCCGGAGACUGUGCUUCUAGAGAAGAUCAAUAGCUAAGCAUAUGUAAGCUUCCUCAGUCUGUUUGGCUGAUGAAAUGCUUCCUUGAAUACCUCACAGACGAGCAGAUUGCGUGAGUGAGGAAAGUCAGAUUGGUGUACGUAACAAAAGCACAAACCCACCCAAGUUGUGUCCUAUCAAACCACAGCAGUAUGGGAAAAAAUGGUUGCUAAAGUAAACCCCUAUUGUUGUAUAUUAAUGUUUAUAUAUAAAAUGUCAUGUAAUAGCAUAUAUUCUCUAGGAAUAUUUAUAAUGCAAAUCUUUGUAUAUACAUAUAUAUAUAUAUUUGAGCGUGAGGGUGUAUAUUAUAUAAUAUAAAGGAUUGAAAAUCAAAAACGUGCAACGAGUCAGUUUAGUCUGACAGGAAUUUAAAAAAAAAUAAAACAGGGAACUAAUAGCAGAGCUUCAAACGAAGAAUUUUGUACUUUAUAGACAGAAACAUGAUGCCAAGGAAAGGGAACCAACUUUAAACAACCAUAUCUGUAAAUAUACAUACAUGCAAAAAUACACACGCGUGUGUAUAUGCACACGUAGAUAUGCAUAUAACAAGACUAUUUAAUUCUUUCUGUAUUUUUUACAAUUAUCGAUUUGUCAUCGAUUUCGUCAUUUCUGAAUAUCUGUUUCCAAAUUGCCAUGAAUUUCGUACUUUCCGAAUUAACACCGCAGGUUUUAAUCCAUACGCAUUUACACGCACACGGCCACACACACACACUGAACUGGAAGAAACACGUUUCUGACACUCAAACGAUUCCACCAAUCCACAAUCUUUGGGAUUAAUAAUAAUAAUAAUGGCCUGAAAUUUUGGAGGAAGGGUGCUAGUUGAUCCCAGUGCUCGACCGGUACUUAUUUUAUCGACCCAAGAAGAUGAAAGGCAAAGCUGAUCUCGGCGGGAUUUGAACCCAAAACGUAAAAGAUUCUGCCAGCUCGCCAACUUAGUACUAAUAAUAGCACCAGUCAUACUUUAUGGUAUUAACAAUAAUUUAAAGGAUUUGAACGAAUGACGGCGAAGUUUUCAUUUUGGAAUUUAUUUCAAUUAUUUUUAUGUCAUAUGUGAAUCUAUUUCGUUUUUUUCCCAUUUUUUUUUUGUCUCUCAAACUGUUGUACAAAAGUUAUCAUCGAAGAAUUUUUAGUAAACAAGGAAGAAGAGGAGAGAAAAAACAAUUUGGCGAAAGUAAAAAGGAAGAAAAAAAAGCAGACAUAAAUUAAAAAUAAAUAAAACAGUAAAUAAUGUUAAAUAAAAAUGUGAAAUAUU